UGGCGGGGAAGCCAGCAAGCUGUCACUGCGGACGUAUUUAGUGUGAAGUUUGCAUCCAUUCUAGUUCAUGGAUAUCUUGCCCGGCUCGCUGUAUCAUCGCCGAUGUCUGAGUGAAACCAGAUCUAGAAUGUGUCAGUCGUUCGGAAGAAUAGAAGGCUUGAAGUUUGCGAUCUAUCCAUAUCUCCUGCUGAGCUAAAUCAAAAUGCUGCGAGCGCUCUAAAAGGAAUGUAAAAAGGUUGGGAUUCAAAUCUGGUAGGUGAAAUACUCUUCCAAUUGUCAUCAUUUUAAGAAGCGAGGGAGAGCAAGAAUAGGACGUGACAACUGAGCGCCCACGAGAGCAGACGGGAAAUCUUCCAUGAAACAGACUUGAAAAACAACUCAUUUGGGCCAGACGAGCGAUUACGCUUUCGACCUUAAAAUAUAACCGCCAUAACAAGUUAGUCGCAUCCGAUCGAAGAUAAAAGGAAAUGGUUUUUAUUAAUGAAUAAAAACAGGAUAUUUCCUUUUGCCGAAAAAAAUUCACGCUGAAACCAAACAAUAACAAGAGCGAAUAGCAAAAAGCAACAUCAGUCAGGUCGUCGUCAGGUCGUCGUCAGGUCGCCAUCAGACGGUCAUCGCGGCAAAGAGACAGCACUCUAGACCAACAGAAAGCAAUCAAGGAGUACAAACAUUUUGUUUUUCUUUUCGCGGGAAAAAUCGAAUAGCAGCAGCAGCUAAUACUAAUACGCAAAGUGAACGGUCCAGUGAGCCUAUCCAACAAGGCUCAAAUUAGCGGUACUAACAAAAAUACGAUCAGGACACGAAAUUGAACAGUGACAACAAUACAGCAGCAGCAACAUUCAUCGUCUUGGGUCGUCACAACACUAAGGAAUCACACAUCAAGGCCCCCUUGAAAAACUUGAAAACUCUUUUACCAACGUCUCUCUACUGUUCUAUUUGCACGGUAGAUAGAACAAUACCACAACUAUCCCCUGCUAUUUGCCGCCGCGGAGUUUAAAGCUAGUCGCGCGAUGAUGAGCAAUUCCACCAACUCAAGCGUGUCGCUGCAUCUGCGCAAUUUUGACUCGUGGUACGCGUGGGUGUUCGCGGUGUUGUACUGUUGCAUUAUCGUCGUCGCUUUGGCGGGAAAUAUGUUGGUGUGUGGCGUGGUGGCUGUGAACAAAGGCCUUAGAAGGUUGCCCACAAAUCUGUUCAUCGUGUCGCUGUCCGUCUCCGAUCUGAUCACCGCCCUCCUCGCUAUGCCCUUUGACGUGGACAUCCUGAUCACGGGGGGUCGGUGGGACCACGGGGAGGUCAUGUGUCGAGUAUGGACCACCGUGUACCUCAUGACAGUCCCCACCUCGAUAUUGACCCUCCUUGCGGUGAGCCUGGACCGAUACAAGACGCUCAGCGACCCGCUCAACAGGUUCCGCCGCGCGGGGAGGUUUAUGACCCGUCGCCGCGCCCUGAUCAUCAUUGCGGUCAUCUGGUUAUACUGUCUUGUGAUGUCUAUCUUACCGGUCAUCGGAGCUAUUGAUAUAAGCCCAUAUAAAAGCUUUCUGUUCUACGGCCAGUGCGUCUUCCCGCUACCUACGGCGUUCUCAGUUGUUACUUCGAUGGUUAACUUCGUUGUGCCGCUUUUACUCACUUGCGCGAUUUACGCGAAGAUUUACCGCAUCGCUCGCAGUCAUUCUUGUGGCUUGCCAUCCGCGGGCCGUGCGUCUGUCCGCAAUCCUUCCGAGCAAAAGGAGCACGUGCGGAACGUGCGCGCCGCGAAGACAAUCUCGAUGUUCGUGUGUGCGUUCUUCUGUUGCUGGGUGCCGUACUGCAUGGUGAGCGUGGUAAGCAACCUGUGUCCGGCCUGCUUCAUGACAACGCCCCCUCAUGUGUACCCCCCCUUGCUCAUGCUCGGGUAUCUGAACUCCGCGCUCAAUCCCUUCCUGUUCUCAUUCCGCAACAAGGCGUUCAAGUCUACCGUGUGGAGACUGUGGCGGAAUAUCAAACGCAGAAGGCACCCUCAUAAAUUCUUAUCCCGAAGUAGCACUCGGCAAGAAAAUGGGACCGACGUCCAGCUCAGCUCAUUGCGCAGCCGCGGAAGUACAGCGCAUGAGCCCGGGGUCAACAGCAAAACGGAGUCAGUGGUAUUCUCUAGUAGCAGCUCGCGAGAGCCGCUGAGCGUCAACGACAAAUUGCAGAUUCACAUAGAUACUGAACAUGCGCGCUGAGCCAUACCACAGGAUGACCACAAGCUACCCAUAAAUCCAGUCUCCACUAUCUACCUUAUUUGCAUUAAUCCAAGGAACGUUAAUUAAAGGGAGCUCUCCGAGAGUCAGCAGUCCACAGGAUGCCCACCAAAGCAAUCGUAUAAUUUGAUGACGUAAGAAGCCCAUAAUUGGACAUUUUUGGAAGUUUCUCUGAACACCACAGGUGCCGUUGAUUACCAGCUAACCACAGGAAGUCCAUCAUUGAUUACCAGCUAACCACAGGAAGUCCAUCAUUGAGUAACAGCUAACCACAGGAAGCCCAUCAUUGAUUACCAGUCUACCACAGGAAGCCCAUCAUUGAUUACCAGCCUACCACAGAGAGUCCAUCAUUGAUUACCAGCUAACCACAGGAAGCUCACCAUUGAAUCCGAUCAUUGAUUACCAGCCUACCACAGGACGCCCAUCAUUGAUGUCCAGCUAACCACAAGAUAUCCAUAAUUGAUUACCACUUAACCACAGGAAGUCCAUCAUUGAUUACCACUUAACCUCAGGAAGUCCAUCAUUGAUUACCAGCUAACCACAGGAAGCCCAUCAUUGAUAACCAGCUAACCACAGAAAGUCCAUCAUUGAUUACCAGCUAACCACAGGAAGCCCAUCAUUGAUUACCAGCUAACCACAGAAAGUCCAUCAUUGAUUACCAGCUAACCACAGGAAGCCCAUCAUUGAUUACCACUUAACCACAGAAAGUCCAUCAUUGAUUACCAGCUAACCACAGGAAGUCCAUCAUUGAUUACCAGCUAACCACAGGAAGCCCAUCAUUGAUUACCACUUAACCACAGAAAGUCCAUCAUUGAUUACCAGCUAACCACAGGAAGUCCAUCAUUGAUUACCAGCUAACCACAGGAAGCCCAUCAUUGAUUACCACUUAACCACAGAAAGUCCAUCAUUGAUUACCAGCUAACCACAGGAAGUCCAUCAUUGAUUACCACUUAACCACAGGAAGUCCAUCAUUGAUUACCAGCUAACCACAGGAAGUCCAUCAUUGAUUACCACUUAACCACAGGAAGUCCAUCAUUGAUUACCAGCCAACCACAGGAAGUCCAUCAUUGAUUACCAGCUAACCACAAGAAACCCAUCAUUGAUAACCAGCUAACCACAGGAAGCCCAUCAUUGAUUACCACUUAACCACAGGAAGUCCAGCAUUGAUUACCAGCUAACCACAGAAAGUCCAUCAUAGAUUACCACUUAACCACAGGAAUCCAAUCAUCGAUUACCACUUAACCACAGGAAGCCCAUCAAUGACUACAUAUAGACAAGUUUCCAACCAUUUUGAUAUGGUAAACUUAUAUGCCUUCAUAUGGAGGUAAACCAGUGAUUGUUGCAGGCGAAUAGUCGUUCAGACAAAGUAUUUCUUCCUUUUGGCAAAAUAUUUAAUGUCAUGAGAACAUGAAUCUUUCGUAUUGAUUCUGCUUACUCGGGUGUGCUCGGGGUGGAUUCGGUACUAUGUUUGUGUGAUUCGGAAUUACUCGGGUUUGAGUCGGAACUAUGUGAGCGUGACUCGGAUUUACUCGGGACGGCUCGGGUUGGAUUCUGUACUAUUCGUGUGUGACUUGGCCUUACUUUAGACGGCUCGGGGUGGAUUCGGUGGUCUCCUCCAUUUCUUUAUUGUAAAAUCAAUCACUCAAUAAGUCACAUUCAUAGAUUGCUGCACCAAGUCUGCUUUUGUGGUACCUAAGAACAGGAAGAUUACUCGGGAGGGGGGGGGGGGGGGGUGUAGCCCAAGCAAGCCUUCCCCUAGAUCUGCUCCUACCCCUCCCCACCUUGUACUUGAGUGGUCAACUCUCUUCCCUUUGACCUGUGCCUCCCGUUUCAAUAUUCCCCACCCUCCUUCUCCGCGAUUCAAUGUUCCACCACCCCUUUGAAAAGACAGUGAUCCCAGUUUUAGACGAUGGUCGACUACCAUAAUUUAUAUUUCGUGCGAUGAAAGUAGGGAAUCCGCUCCAUCACGAGGGACACUGCUAGCGGUGCGAUAGCUCUCAAUGAAUUUUUGCCUCACCGACUAUAGACGUUACUCUCUAUGAGCUUCCGUUAGCUGCUAUUUUUCAUUCUUGAAAACUAUGAGAAAGCACCCUUUUGUAUAGUCUGAUUUGAGAAAUAUUGCAAUAUUUUCCAUCAAAAUUGGUAAAUAGCGUACAUAGCUUUUGUUUUUCGAUGGUUAUCUCGAGAUUUCAUCACGUAGUUUUCCAAUAUCGAGUAAAAAUAGUGAUGAAUGUGUGUCUGUCAAGGGUUCUUUCAAACUUCCCCUUACAAAAGCAACAGGACCUAUUUGAUUCAUUUUUCGUUUGUGAACUUCUCUUUUUCGAAAAAUCACCAGAUCCAACGAGCUGUCGGCGAAAUCAAAGGUUCUCGUUAAGAUAUAGUAGACCAAUCACUGAUCUCAAAUCAGAUAAACCGAGCCCAAAUUGGUUUCCACGCUUAAAACUGAAAAAGAGAACCCAGAAAAGCAUGGGGACUUAGUAGUAGCAUAGUAUCAGAAAGUGAUAAAAGUUGUUCCUGUCAUUCGGGAGAUUUACUUACAUAAAAUAGCCAGCGGCAAAAAUUGUAAACGGUAAAUCAUUCAUUUCUGAUGAAAAGGAAAUGCUAAAAAAUGAAGUAAAAAAAAAAACAAAAAUAUCAAUAAGAAUGUGAUUAAAAUCUAGAUCGUGACUGAUUCAAUGCGUGCGCGUGAAAAGAGUUAAAAAAUAACGCGUGCGCUUGAAAACUGUUACAAAUAUAGCGAUUGCGCUUGAAAACUGUUUAAAAAAUAGCGCGUGAAAAUAUCUUAGAAAAUAACGCGUGCGCGUGAUAUCCUGAUAUCUAAAUCCCACCGCAAGGUACCCCGGGAUGCCCGAGGGAUUUAUGUGCCGCAUCGUGUUCUUAGUUUUUUUUAAGGGUAAAGGGAAAAACCUCAGAGCAGAAUCACAGGUAGGAUGGACUAAUUUUCAUGCAAAAUGCGCUACUUAGUAUGCCAUAUAAAAACAAUCCGGCUGAAUCAUGAUAUCAACAAAGUACUUAGACACAAAGAUGUUUGUCCGGUUUACAUUUUUACGAAAAUCUGCGCUUGUUUGACGUGAUUUACUUACCGCUUUGGUUAAAGAAAACACUCUUCAAAGCAAGGUAUUUGUUUUAGCCACACAGUAACAAUUUAAAAUCCAAAGUGUACGUUGAAUAUUCUAUUUGAAAGACUGCUAAUAUUUUAUUUCAUUAAGAAUUUAGGAAAAUAUUUAAUAUUUGCAAUAAGCAUAUCAAAAUUUAAAAUGAAAACAGCAGUUGAGGCAAGUUUCUUUCAGUUUUCCAAUUAUUAUUAUUAUCCCUAUGUGAAAAUCUCCCAUACCGUGUAUUAGUCGGUCCUAGACGAAACAUUAUUUUUUUCUUUGAUAUUCUCCUCCGGUUUAUUCUAAUAUAGCGUUUAAAUAACCAGCCUUUUCCAAGUUAAGUCGUGUGUUUAUCUACGAGUCGCACGCUUUGUCAGAGAGACUGGCUUCCGGAUUUGAGUAAAACUGCUCUCAGUUGAAAUCUCGGCGAUGUAUCUCAAUCUCAAUUAUUCAUAGAGUUAAUUACAAACAACGUCAAUAUUAUAGUUUUUCGAUAGAAAAUGAUUCAUAUGCAGGGAACAAAGCUAGACUCUGUCCUCAGUGUUCAGGCGUGUAGUAUCCAGGCGGAAACAAGCAGAAUAAAUCAUACAGUGUCCACUUCGGUAGCAAAAGCGUACCACGAGUUGUAUAAUGAAAUUCCACCCCUCUAUUCAUAUGCCCUCUGCUUUGUAACCUUUCAAAAUGCCCUGUACGUUGUAUCCGAGAUAGAAACACUCGAGACUCGUUACGCCCCCUCCAAGAAAGCCAAUCACAUUUUUACACUCCCUCGCAAUAUCGAGUCACAAGAAUCCAUUCCCACCGGCUAGUUCAAGGAACUGAGAUCCUUUCAAUCAAAUAUCGUUAAUAGGGCAUUAGUCCUUUAUAGUGGGUGGUUAUGUUUAAGUUUUCCUGUAAAUAAACCGUUGUAUUUUUUAGUGUAAAACAUGACAAAGGAGUUGUUGAUCGACAUUCUUUAAGAGCAGGGAAUACUCUUGCCCUCUCACUUGUCUAUUAUUUCUUAGUGUUAGAGGGUGGUCUCAACAGGCACAUUUCAGAGGACAGCGGAAAAGACCCACCCACGUUAAUAUAAAUCGUCUCUAUUUAGGCGAGAUUGGAUGUCGUUUUCUUAACACAAGCGAGUGUCGUUCGUGGAGAUUAAAGAUUGAUUAAGAACCAGACACACAGCGCUACGUGUGGGAUGAAAUAAACAAUCCGGCGUGCACCUAUGACGUCACAGCUGGUCAAAUAUAAAAAGGCAUAAGCCACGGAAACAGUCAAAGCUGAAUCAAAGCGGGAAUAGCAGUGCAAAACAAGGUCCGCUAAGGAUUGGAAUUGUCGAUGGUUUGACAUCAGAAGUCAAGGGCCUUAAGAGAAAAAAUUCACCAAAACAGCUCUAUUGAUGAUCGGUAAGAUCUGAUAAACGUCGGUCUCUUUCGCAAAGUGUAGUUCGUAGAAAAGAUGCUUUAAUUGCACUGAUAUAAGGCAAUUGAGCUGAUAACUGAUCACUUAGAUCGAAAAAAUAAAAAUAGAAACUGACACCGAAACCGAAACAAAGACGAAAGCCGAAACGAGAAUACAAGUUACUGGAUCAGCAAAUUCUAGAAAGAAAAAGUGAUCUUGAGCUUUAAACAAAUAGGCAACAGACAGUUCGGAUACUGAGAUAAAAUACCAAGACCCGCAUUCAUCAUGGAUAGCGGUACAGCUAAUCGAACAUGGACAAGCAGACUUAGCGCAGGUCCCCACAUGUCAACGUUUGUCAAGACGUCACCUAGCAACCAUAGUGGGACCAACCAAUCAGGAAGCUACAGCAAGGAGUUUGUAUAUGGAAUGUGCGCAGGUUACAUAGCCGUCAUGUGCGUCGCUGUCAUUGGUAACGCAAUCGUCAUUGUCACGAUUGUACGUAACACAAGUCUACGGCGCGUGACCACGAACUUGUUCAUCCUGUCUUUAGCAUUCAGUGAUUUGCUGACCGCGUCUUUGGCGAUGCCCUUUGACUUAGAGGCCUUAGCUGGGUCGUUACCAUGGAAACAUGGUCACGUGAUCUGUGAUAUCUGGGCGACCAUGUACCUGAUAGCGGUGCCGACGUCGAUACUGACGCUUCUCGCAGUCGCAGUGGAGCGCUUCAAGACCCUCAAAGAUCCGCUCAAUAAAUUCCGAGAAUCGCACUCUGUGACCCACAGGCGUGCGAUAAUAGCCAUAUUCACACUGUGGGGCUACUCUAUCAUGUUCGCUGUCGUCCCUCUGAUUGGCUGGCGUAGGAGUGACGUCAGCGUGAUUGACGGCCAGUGCAUAUUUAAUAUCACGCAUGUGUACUCCGCCCUGAGCUCCGUGGUAAACUUUCUCUUGCCGGUCAUCUUAACGGCGUAUCUGUAUGUAAGGAUCUUUAUGAUCGCUCACAGACACGCACCAGGAGCAGCGACUCAGCAAAACACAGAUCAUAAGGCGAUGUAUCGUAACAUACGCGCGGCGAGGACAGUCGCUGUCAUCGUCUUCGCAUUCUUCUUGUGUUGGGCUCCCUUUACCGUUCUCAGCGUUACCAUGGCAACCUGCUACACGUGCACGCACGCGGUCUCAAGCGAGCUCUUCUCUGCCUUGCUGUUGCUAGGAUACACCAACUCGGCGCUGAACCCCUUUCUGUACUCCUUCAAGGACAAGAGGUUUCGGGUUACCUGUGUCCGGAUGUUGAGGUCACUGCGCAGCCGCAAGCAGCCGUCACUCAGUCGCGAAGAGCGCGUGGAGCAUGCUGGGAAAUUGGCGGUAAAUGGGCCAAAGGUGUCUGAUGUACUUCCUAACAAUCAGCAGAUUCGACUGACGAACUUCAACGUCAGACUGUAAAACGCCGUAUAGACGAACUAAGUCAGACUGUAUAACACCGUAUAGACGAACUACUACGUCAGGAUAGAAAACGUCGUAUAGACGAACUUCAGACAGUAUAACCCGGUAUAGACGAACUAUUUCAGACUGUAUACCGCCGUAUAGACGAACAACGAAAGGAUGUAUAACGCCGUAUAGACGAGACGAACUAUGUCAGACUAUUUAACGCUGUAAAGAAGAACAACGUCAGGAUGCAUAACGCCGUAUAAACGAACAACGUCAGUGGUCGCUAAUCAAAUGGAUAGAAAAACAUAAAAAACAUUUUUAAUACCCGAAACGGGUUGAGAAUUUUACAAACUGACAUCUAUUUAGACUUCCAACACGCACUGCAAAUGUCUAACCCGGUGCUUUACAUUAAAGAGAUAACUUGUCCUGA